AUGUCACACUUCCACGCGGGCGGAGCUGCUCAUCUCCGAUUGCACGAGCUUGCCUCGGCCAAUGGCAUCGGACAUCUGAGAGCCAUACUGCUGAACCGUCUCUCUGAACUGGACUUCACUCACUUGGGCUCUCUCGUUGCAAUUACUGGUAUAGUCCCGGCGGCCUGGCGUUUCUUGCACCAGUCAUGGCAUAAUGGAGCGACGUGGGUGAAGCGAUUUUUCAUCUCUUCCGUCACCAUUCCUGCGGGAGAUCCUUUGAAUCGAAGUGUCAGCACUUGGGUCUUAGAGAGCGUCGUUGAACCUCGACACUUACGCUUUCAAACUGCAAGAACCGAGAUCACUCCGCGAGACCGAGAUCCGGCGGCCUUAUUGAAGAAGUCACAGCGAGCAAUUCAGUAUCUUCCCGUUUGGAGAUCGCUUUGGUUCUGGCAUGACGGACGACUCUUUGCUGCUACACGCAUCCUCGACAACUUCAAUUCCAAUCUCAGUGAUCCAAACUACGAUGGAAUCGGCGGUGAAGAGCUCACUCUCAGCUGUCUGGGGCUAUCAGCAAACCCGAUCCGAGCCCUUGUCGAAGUAUGCCGCGAAUACGCCCAAAAGAAGCAGCAAUUCUACGUGAUAAUAUAUUCGAGAGAUCGAUAUGGCAUGAGCUGGAAGCCAAAGUACCGGAAACCUUUACGACAGCUAGACACUGUACACUUUGACGACGUUACGAAACAAAUCCUGAUCGAAGACAUUCGCAAUUACCUAGACGAGCGAACACAGAAGCUUUAUCAAAGUCGGAGCAUGCCAUACAGAAGGGGCUACCUUUUUUACGGGCCGCCUGGGACAGGCAAAAGCUCACUUUCGACAGCCAUUGCCGGGGAAUUUGGACUAGAUCUGUACGAAGUCAAAGUACCCAGCAUUGGCAACGAUGCGGAUCUGGAGCAGAUGUUUCAAGAGAUCCCGCCACGAUGUAUUGUGCUUCUCGAAGAUAUCGAUGCUGUCUGGAGCACGAAUAGAGAGCAAAGACACGAACGCCAUCUAAAUGCCAACGACCCAAAUAGUGACGCCCAGUCCACGCACAGCCAAGUUUCAAAUGUGACCCUCUCGGGCCUGCUGAACGUGCUCGAUGGUGUUGGAUCGCAGGAGGGUAGAGUGGUCAUCAUGACAACGAACAAGCCUGAACAACUUGACGCUGCUCUUGUACGUCCCGGCCGGGUGGACUUUAAGCUUUACCUGGGCAACAUCAGCAGAAAGUCUGCCUACCAAAUGUUCCUUCGCAUGUUCGCGCCAGACUUACUCAGUUGGGCACAGAAAGGUCAUGGUCGGAAGGAAAGCAAGCACCACUCCCAGCGUAUUUCACACACGAUUGAUGACCUCGACCAGCACGUCUCAAUGGAACAGUUGAAACUGCUUGCCACUCAAUUUGCAGAGCAGAUCCCCGAAGACACUCUCACGCCUUCCCAGCUGCAAGCAUUUUUUCAGCUCCAUCUGAGCAGCGCUGCUGGGGCAGCUUCAAGCAUUGCUGCUUGGGUGCAGAAAGAAAUGGUCAUCAGAUCUGAUAAGGAGUGGGAGCCGUAA